CCGGCCGUCUCUGCGGGAGAGGGAAGAUGGCGCUUGACGGACCGGAGCAGGUAUGGCGGCUGCGGCGGCCGGGCGGGGACUGGGGGCUCGAUGCGAAGAAGGCGUGAUCCGAGGUGGACUGCCAGCUGGGGGCAAGAGGGUCGGAUGGAGCUGGAAGAGGGAAAAGCAGGCAGUGGACUCCGCCAAUAUUAUCUGUCCAAGAUUGAAGAAUUGCAGCUGAUUGUGAAUGACAAGAGCCAGAAUCUCCGGAGGCUGCAGGCACAGAGGAAUGAGCUCAAUGCGAAAGUUCGCCUACUGCGGGAAGAGCUACAGCUGCUGCAGGAACAGGGCUCCUAUGUAGGGGAAGUAGUCCGGGCCAUGGAUAAGAAGAAAGUGUUGGUUAAGGUGCAUCCCGAAGGCAAGUUUGUCGUAGAUGUGGACAAGAACAUCGACAUCAACGAUGUGACACCCAAUUGCCGAGUGGCUCUAAGAAACGACAGCUACACUCUGCACAAGAUAUUGCCCAACAAGGUAGACCCCCUGGUGUCACUGAUGAUGGUGGAGAAAGUGCCAGAUUCAACCUAUGAGAUGAUCGGUGGACUGGACAAGCAGAUAAAGGAGAUCAAAGAAGUGAUCGAGCUGCCUGUCAAGCAUCCUGAGCUCUUUGAAGCGCUGGGCAUUGCACAGCCCAAGGGGGUGCUGCUAUAUGGGCCCCCAGGCACUGGGAAGACACUGUUGGCCCGGGCUGUGGCUCAUCAUACAGACUGUACCUUUAUUCGUGUCUCUGGCUCUGAAUUGGUACAGAAAUUCAUCGGGGAAGGGGCAAGAAUGGUGAGGGAGCUGUUUGUCAUGGCACGAGAACAUGCUCCUUCUAUCAUCUUCAUGGAUGAAAUCGACUCCAUUGGCUCCUCACGGCUGGAGGGGGGUUCCGGAGGGGACAGUGAGGUGCAGCGCACAAUGCUGGAGCUGCUCAACCAGCUGGAUGGCUUUGAGGCCACCAAGAAUAUCAAGGUUAUCAUGGCUACUAACAGGAUUGACAUCCUGGACUCGGCGCUGCUCCGCCCUGGGCGCAUCGACAGGAAAAUUGAAUUCCCACCCCCCAAUGAGGAGGCCCGGCUGGACAUUUUGAAGAUUCAUUCUCGGAAAAUGAACCUGACCCGGGGGAUCAACCUGCGGAAGAUUGCUGAGCUCAUGCCUGGAGCGUCAGGGGCUGAAGUAAAGGGCGUGUGCACCGAAGCCGGCAUGUAUGCCCUGCGGGAGCGGCGAGUCCACGUCACGCAGGAGGACUUUGAGAUGGCAGUGGCCAAGGUCAUGCAGAAGGACAGCGAGAAGAACAUGUCUAUCAAGAAGCUAUGGAAGUGAAGCGGUGGUCUUUUGUGUGGCUCCUUCAAAUAAAGCUCUGCGGGACAAGCUCUUAAGGACUUCGGUCUGUUAAUGCGUGGCCACACCGUUCAAUGAGCAAGUCUGGGUAUCACCGAUAAACAAGGAUUUAUUUGGAAAUUUCCAAACCUGCCAGAAGUGGCACCUGCCAAGCCCUGGGGUCCGCUCUCCCUACCGAGUUCCAAAGGGCAGCAACGGUUCUCCCCACCUCCCCCUCCGCCGCUCACGCACACCCGUACCUCAGGCCAUGCCAGAGAACUGGAGUCCCCUCCAAGGAGGCUCUACCACCCUGGGCCCAAGAGCUGGGGUGGCCGCCCUCUGGCAUCCCAGGAGAUGAUGGCGGCCAGAGCCGCUUGCAUAGAUUGAGGAAAGAAAAUAAGGAAGGAGGCACCAAACAGGGCUCCCUGAAAACCCCAACUUACCCCUGUACAAAAAAAGUGGCUCCCGCAUAGAAAAACCUGCUUCCCAAAUAGUGCAAAUACCCAAAGGAAAGGAAAAAA